GAUGCAUCAACUUCGUAUACAGAGCAGAAUGAAAGACCUUCCAUAACAAACUUAUUCGACAUUGUCAACGGCAAUAUAACUGAACUAGUUGAAAAAUACUUUACCUUCAAAGAAGAUGGCCUCGAAGAGUUCAAUAAUGCUUCCACAACGCAAACGAAAAAUAUUGAGCAUGGUGAAAAUAACAAAAAUAUAAAGUAUCGAAUAUUAUCUAAAGAAGCACUUGAUGAAAUAAACAUAAUGACAAAGCAUGGUAAUUUGUCAUUAACGGUACAAAAAAGUCUUUUAAAGGCUCGAUUUUUUGAUCUAAAUUUUCAAGACCAGGAUUUAGCAAAUGCAAUUCAAAAAGCAAAAAGUACAACCAAGAUUAAUAAUGAUAAUCGCCUAAUUCGCCUUCUUUGGAUGUCUCUAGGCCAGGUUGAUCUUUGGCUUAGAUACUACAAUGUUGUUGUUAAUAACAACACAGCUCGAACCAAUCAAUACCAAAUGCCACUGGGACUUUUCAUUGUAAUUGACAACAAGUGUAAAACCCAUCUCGCCUGCCAAGUAUUGAUAAGUGAUGAAACUAUUGAUACACAUGUAUGGAUACUUGAGCAUAUCAAAAAGGCUGUAGACAAAGUUCCAAUUGUUAUGUUUACUGAUAGAGAUCCUGCACUUGAUGCUGCAAUUCCAAUUGUGUUCUCUGAAACAUAUUCAGCCCACUGUAUCUUCCAUAUAGCACAAAACUUACCUAAAAACCUAAAAGCAAAGUUGGGUAUUAAUUGGAAUAAUUUUAUUAAGCAGUUUUAUGAAUGUCAAAGAUGGAACAAAUUACUUAAUGAUUUUCCAAUGACAAAAGACUAUCUUUUACGUGUACUAGAUCUGAAAUGUCGUUCAUGGGCUCGAGCUUAUCUUUAUAGAAUAUUCACAGUAGGCAUUGAAAGCACAUCAAGAGUCGAAAGUUAUAACUGGGUCAUCAAGCAACAAUUAAAGACAAAUAGUACGCUAUGUGAACUUGCUGAUCGGCUUGAUGAAAGAUUAAGAGAUGAAGUACAAUGGAAUCAGUUUCAUGAUUACAGACAAGCUGUUAUGAUGAAUACCAUUCCUAUUGCUAGGCAAGAUUUAUUUCCUAAAAUAAUAAAUGUUAUAGAUGAAUAUCUUACUGAACCUAUUUCUAAUGCAAUUAAAAUGGAGAUGUCUCAGUGUCUAUUUGUUAGUGCAAAUGAAAUCGAGCCCAGUUUUGAAGAGUUACACUGUGAACAGCGUAAUGAAAAUUAUAAUAUGCCUGAAAGACCCAUGGCUAGUGAAGUAUCUGACAAUACUUGGGAAAUUCAAACAAAUAAAACCAGUGAUCAAACAGAAGAAUCUAAAACCGAAACAGAAACAGAAGAAAGCCAAGACAUGAAUGAAGUAAACCUUGAAAAUGUAAAAAAUCUGAACAAAGUUUCUACUAGAGGAUGA